AUGUUGCCAACUGCCGCUCUGCUGCUCUUGGCAGUGUCCGCGGUCGCCAAAGAUAACGCCACGUGUGAUGGCCCCUGUGGGUUGCGCUUCAGGCAGAGCUCACAGGGCAGUGGCCGUGUCGUUGGAGGGCAGGAGACGACAAUUGGGGCCUGGCCCUGGAUGGUCAGCCUGCAGGUCUUCACGUCCCACAACCACCGGAGGUACCACGCAUGCGGAGGCACCUUGCUGAAUUCCCACUGGCUGCUUACCGCCGCCCACUGCUUUGUCUCCAAAAAGAAAGUGUAUGACUGGAGGCUGAUCUUCGGAGCGAGCGAAAUUGUGUACGGGAACGACAAGCCGGUGAAGCCGCCUCAACAGGAGAGAUACGUUGAGAAAAUCAUCAUUCAUGAGAAAUACAUCCCCAGUUUGGAGCACAAUGACAUCGCUCUCAUGAAGAUCACCCCGCCUGUCCCCUGCGGGCAGUUCAUCGGAACAGGCUGCCUGCCCCGGUUUAGGGCGGGCCCACCUAGAAUUCCCCAGGUCUGCUGGGUGGCUGGCUGGGGGUUCUUGAAAGAGAAAGUCUACAGGGUCACACCGACACUGCAGGAGGCGCGAGUGAACCUCAUCGACCUCGACCUGUGUAACUCCACCCAGUGGUACAACGGGCGCAUUCGUUCAACCAACGUGUGUGCGGGGUACCCCGAAGGCAAGAUCGACACCUGCCAGGGGGACAGCGGCGGGCCUCUCAUGUGCAGAGACAACGUGGCAAACACCUAUGUGGUCGUGGGAAUCACAAGCUGGGGAGUAGGCUGUGCCCGAGCUAAGCGCCCUGGAGUCUACACAGCCACCUGGCCCUAUCUGAGCUGGAUCGCUUCCAAGAUUGGCUCUAAUGCCUUGCACAUGGCCCAGCUGCCCACCCCUUUCCAUUCGACUUCUCAGGCACCCCCGGCUAGACUCCCCUCUGCCCACCCCUCUGUUCGCCCCCCUUGGUACUUCCAGCGCCCUCCUCGACCACCUCCCCCCAGCCCCCCUGCAUCUCAACCUCGACCUGGACCUCGACCCAAACUCCCGGCCCCACCCCCACCCCCGCCCGCACCCCCGCCUGUCACUAGACCUCCCCAAGUACUUUCUUUCGCCAAGCGACUCCAGCAACUCAUAGAAAUCUUGAAGGGGAAGACUUUUUCCAGCGCGAAGGGGUAUUAUGAAAUGGAGACCACAGAUCUCCCCGAACUGACGGCCACCUCCUGA